AUGCUUGAAUUUAUAAAACACCUCCAUACACUCUUGAUAGCUCUUCUUGUGGUUGUAAUAGUGAUUGCAAUUGUUAGGACACUUCCAAAAAUGUUCGGUAAAACAAAUAAGAACGACAACCAGACAAUAAAAAGAAGAGAGCGAAAAGCGUUCGACAAGCCCGAGUCCAGGCUACGAAGCAAAAAUAAGUAA